UCAUGAUUUGCUGUAACACGCAUGCGCACAGAGCCCUGUGAGCGAUGGCGAAAUUCCUGACUUUUAUGCAAGAAGAAGGGUUAGAUGGAAAGUUAUCUCGAUAAAACUGGCUCUUAAGCUGACAUUAUCGACACUUGGCAUCGUCGCUGUUGCUCGCUCGUUACUUCGAUCUGUUUGAGGUGUAGUCGAUACGAGUGAUCGCAGCUCGUAUUACGAGGAAAGCACAUAUUCAUCUGGCUAACUACUAGCUGGGUAGCAUUAGUAGCUUACGUUAGCAUGUCACACAUUGCCUUGUCUUGUGUUUAUCCAUGUAGCUAAGACAGUUCUUCGUCUCAGGUGUUGCAGAAAAUAGCUGGUCACCGGAGCAGGCUGACGGUAAACAUUUCUGGUCCAGCUGCAUCGGAAUCAUCACUGUGUAUCGGCGUGUCAGUGAAGUCUACUGCUGCUGAGACGACUGACUGAGUGAGAGCACCUCUUCAGUGGUGUGAAUGAGGGAGACAUGGCAGACCACACCCCACCUCUGGAGUCCGGCCAGCUUCUCAGCCCUGAACUCCCAAUCCUGGCCUCGCCACCACCCCCAGCUAUGGUCAACGGGGAGGGCCCCCAGCAGGUAAUCCUGGUGCAGGUAAACCCAGGUGAGGCCUUCACUAUUCGACGAGAGGAUGGUCAGUUUCAGUGUAUCACAGGUCCUGCUCAGGUUCCCAUGAUGUCUCCAAAUGGUUCAGUGCCUCCAAUCUUUGUGCCUCCUGGAUACGUAUCACAGAUCAUAGAGGAGAAUGGAGUGCGGCGGGUUCUGGUUUUACCUCAGCAACCAGAGUUCCACCCAGGGGGCCACUCCCCUCUCCACCACCCUCCACCUCCACCCCAUGCCCACCUGCCUGCCUUCAUCCCACACCCUGCCAUGAUGCCCCCACCUCCCCAUCUGUACACGGGCAUGGCGGGGGGCGUGGGCGACAUGAGCUCUCAGUACAUCUCCCAGUACCACCCAGCUCAUAUCCACUCAGAGCAGGUCUCUGCAGAUUCUCACUCCCAACACGGACGCCCCCCGUUUGUUCACAGAGAUGACAGAACGAGCAAAACGUAUGAGCGUCUGCAAAAGAAACUGAAGGAGCGUCAGGGAGGCGGAGGAGGAGGAGGGCAGAUGAAGGACAGCCCUCCCCCUUCACCACAGAAGACUUGCAGCAGCCCUCCGACAGUGGACAUUCACAAUGGUGUCGGAGGGAAAGGGCUGGAGGCGGAGCAGGGGCAGCUCAGCCAUGCAGUGGUUGGUCCUGACAAGCAGACAGCCAGAGGAAAAAACGGAGAGUCAGGAGAGCUGGAUGAACACGCUCAGGCCCUGCAAGCACUAAUGAGUACCAUCAGUAAACCAGUGGUGUCAGACAUCCAGGCAAGGAGAAUCUUAGUCAGCUGGAGUGCACCCACAAAGCCAGACAGCGAGAAUGGUGACGCGGAAGAAGACUGUAACCCCCCGGACCCCUUCAGCUAUGAGGUCUCAAUCUCUUUUAGCGGAAAAGAUGGGAAGUACAAAAGCAUGUACUGCGGGGAAGAACUAAGUGCUACUUUGGAAGACCUUCGACCAACAACAGACUAUCAUGUCAGGGUCCAGGCCAUGUGUAACUGUUUACAGGGAAGCCCAUCUGAGGCUGUGAGCUUCACCACUUUAAGCUGUGAGCCGGAUCCUCCAAAUCCUCCAAGGAAGGCCAGCGGAACCAAGAACACACUCGUGCUCCAGUGGAAGGCUCCAAGUGACAACGGUUCAAAAGUCCAAAACUACGUUCUUCAGUGGGAUGAGGGGAAGGGCACCGGGAUUUUUGAGCAGUGCUACCAUGGACCUCAUAAGCAGUACAGAGUGACCAAGCUUUCCCCAGCCUCCAGAUACGCCUUCCGCCUUGCAGCAAAAAAUGACAUCGGUGCAAGCGAGUUCAGUGAAGUGGUGGACCUGUUCACCUCAUGCAGUGUGCCAUUGCCACCCUUCCCUCCAGAGCUGGAGAUGGCGGGGGUGACCUGGCUGUGUCUGAAGUGGCAGAGACCCACGAGCUCUCCCAAAGAGGAUGACAUCUACUAUAUAUUGGAGAUGGAGGAGGAAGGCUCGGGAUAUGGCUUCCAGCCAAGCUACGAUGGUGACGAGCUUUCCUGCACCGUCAGGAAUCUCCACAGGAGCACCAAGUACAAGUUUAGGGUGGCGGCAUACAACUCAGAGGGGAAGAGUAACCCUAGCCAGGUGGUUGAGUUCAUCACAAACCCAGACAGACCCAGCAGUCCCUGCAGGCCUGUCAUCAGAGGGAGAGUCCUGCCCAACAGCUUCAAGAUGGCAUGGGAGCCCCCCAAAGAAAACGGUGGAACAGAAGUCACCAAGUAUGUUGUGGAGCUGUCUGAAGGCUUGAGCGGUAUGUCAUGGGAGCUGGUAUACUCAGGGCCAGCCAUGGAGCAUGUGUGUGAAGGCUUGAAACCCGGCUGCUCCUACCAGACGCGAGUCUACUGCAUGAGUGAGGGGGGGCAGAGCCCGCUGUCGGAAACCCUGCAGGUCCAGACUCCCGCAGUGCCCCCAGGGUCUUGCCAGCCCCCUCGGCUGGUGGGCAAGCCCAAAGCCAGGGAGGUGCAACUGCGCUGGGGUCCCCCUCAGGUAGACGGAGGCAGUGCAGUGUCCUGCUACAGUGUUGAAGUGAGUGGGCAGCUGUCUGAGGAGAGCAAGGAGGUUUACCAGGGUCCAGAGCUGGACUGCUCUGUGGGAGGCUUAAUGCCUGGUAAAACCUACAGUUUCCGGCUCAAGGCAGCAAACAAGGCUGGGUUUGGACCUCUCUCUGAGCGCUGUGAAGUUACAACCGGCCCCGGGGCCCCCGAGCAGUGCAAGGCUCCUUCCUCCACAUGCAAAUCCCCCAGCUGUGUUGUUGUGAACUGGGAGGCCCCUCCCAGUAAUGGUGCCCCAGUGACAGAGUUUCGACUAGAGUGGGGUGCUGCUGAGGGCAGCAUGCAGGUGUGUUACAGUGGACCAGGGCUAAGCCAUGAAAUGAAAGGGCUGCUUCCUGCUACCAACUACUUCUGCAGGGUGCAGGCUGCAAACGUAGCCGGCGUGGGGCCCUUCAGUGAAGCGGUGUUGUGCCAGACGCCCUGCUCCGUGCCCGCAGCCGUCAGCAACAUCUACGUGCUGAAGGAGUCCGAGAUGCAGAGGUACGAGACUCCCGUGGACGCGGACGAAGAUGAGGAAGAUGAAGAGAGUGAUAACCGGCCACCACUGUUCUACUCCCCGUCCACCUGCCUGGGUAUCAGCUGGGACCCCCCAUGUGAUCACGGCUCUGAGAUCACUUCUUACCUGAUUGACCUCGGAGAGCGUCAGCCUGUCGUCGUCGAUCCUGUUACCAAACACAUCAUGCAGCAUCUGCAACCUGACACCAGCUACAGGAUCCGAAUCCAAGCCCUGAACAGUCUGGGAGCCGGCCCCUUUAGUCACACCUUUAAGCUGAAGACGAAGCCCCUGCCCCCACAGCCCCCUCGCCUGGAGUGUACCGCCUUCAGCCACCAGACCCUCAGGCUCAAGUGGGGCGACGGCCCAACCAAAGCCUCCACCUCAGAUGCUCUCCAGUAUCAGCUGCAGAUGGGGGACAAGAGCGGCAGAUUUAUAUCCUUGUAUAAAGGACCAUGCCACACACACAAAGUCCAGAGGCUUAAUGAGUCUACCUCUUAUACGUUCCGCAUCCAGGCCUUUAAUGAGGCGGGCGAAGGGCCCUUCUCUGAUGUUUACACAUUCACCACCCCGCGCUCUCCUCCAGCCCCUGUGAAAGCCCCUAAAGUGGAGCGUCUGGAUGACAACUCCUGUGAAGUCACAUGGGAGGCCCUGUCGCCAAUGAAGGGGGAUCCAAUCAUCUACACCUUGCAAUGCAUGAUGGGAAACUCUGACUUUAAACAGACCUAUAAAGGCUCCGCCACAUCCUUCCACGUCCAGAACCUGCAGCCCAACAGCGACUACCGUUUCCGGGUGUGCGCCAUCAGACAGUGUCAGGACGCCCCUGAGCUAAGCGGUCCCUACAGUGUAACAGUGACCCUUUCCCCCCAACGGAACGAUGUGGCUUCAGGCAGCAGUGCAACUGGCUCAGGAUCCAGGGCGUGCACGGAGUCCAACCGAGCCCGACGGAGCCUGACGGACGAGCAGUGCGCUUUCCUCCUCCUCAUGGUUUUCGCGGUCAUCGCUAUCCUCAUUGCUUUUGUCAUCCAGUACUUUGUCAUUAAAUGAGCAGUUCGGCGGCACCCGGCUGCAGGGUUAUAGCUUUAUUCUUUCCCCCCUCUCUCUGUUGUUUUGUAUUCUUUGUUUUGUACUCACUCUUUUCUGUUGUUAACAGAGUAUUCGCAUUAGGGCUGGUUAGUGAGAGCUGAAUAGCAGUGAAAAAUUGGGGAUAAUAUAACACCUUAUCUGACACCUGUGAUACCUUCCUGACUCUCCUGCCUUUGUCGCCCUGCCCCAACUUUGUGGUAUCUGUUGUUCAGGUCAGUUUCUGUUCCAUCAUGAUCAGCUUCCUGCGCUAAAGGAACUCAGAAAGAGCUGGAAUGUGGUUUGUUUUGGGGAGAGGGUUUAGGGGAAGGGGCGCUUUGACUCAUGUACUUGUUGAUUACAGUAUAUAUAUAAUAUAUAUAUGUGUAUAGAAAUAGUCAUUAUUUAUAUUUCCAUUUAUGUGUCCAGUAUGAAACUGUUUUUGAUAGAUGUGUUCCAAAAAUAGUAUGUAGGUGUUUCUUUAGCCUAUGUGCUAUUGGAUCCUGGGACCUGGUGGGCCAGUGUUUGCACAGUGGGGUGUGUGUGUGUGUGUCCAGAUGUGUAUACUGUAUGUAGUUAGUGCCACAGAGGUACACGGCUGGGAGGGCUUCAGGGCCAGAUGAAGGGACUUUUACCCCCCUGCUGGAGUUUAAAGGGGUCUAGUGAGAGCAGAAAACAGAGAGAAAAAUCUUGUUCACAUAGUAGAACGUUCAUUUAGCACUUUCCAACCUUUUUGAUGUUCAGAAUGUUUAAGGAUGCAAAAAUGACUGGAGAAAUGUUAGUAUAUUUUUGUACAGUGAAGACACAAGGACCUGUAAGUUUGAGAAGAUAAAAAAAAAAAAGCUCAGUAUAAAGA